UACCGAUGUUUAACCAUAGAAAAUAUGUAUUAUCUAUGCGUUUAACUUGUAUAUUAUUAUUGUUUCGUGAUAUUAUGUUGUAUCACUUGUGACUUGUAUCUUAGAUUGUACAUUUUUGAUAAUAUUAUGAUAGCAACGAUAACAAUUCACUUUUCACUGUUUACAAAUUAAUGGCUCGUAGACCAAACUGAAAUCUUUAACUUAUUGUUACUACUUGACUAACAUUAGUAGUUUAGUUCGAAUCGGUAAUUUAUUUUGUAAAAUAACUAAAAAUGUGCAACAGUUGAUGAUUAAUACUGUGGUAUUAGUGUAUGACAAUCAAUUUUUUAAGUUUUAACGUGACGUAAAGAUAUAACCGGUACCUACUGUAUAGUGUUCUGAUCUUAAUAUUGGUGUAGUUGGCAUUCACAUUAUAACUAUGGCUAUAGACAAAAAUACCAUGCGCUCAAAAUUUAACGAACAAAUACAAUUAAUUUUAAUGAAUAAACGGGAAGAUAACAAUGCUUUUUUGUCAACCAGUGAUUAUAGUAGAGUCAUUCAACAGGUGAAAAAAUCAAAAAAAUCUUUAAACACUGCUGGUGAAAAAAAAACUACGAAAGACUAUCGUGUAAUACGUAAGUAUGAUAUUUUAGUAAUGGAUGGAAAAGAACAUCUGAUUAGACCUAUUGAUGAAAAAAAUGUUGUAUUAUACUAUGCAACAAUCGAUGAACUAUUUGAUAUUCUUUACGAUACACAUUCUGCAAUAGGUCAUGGUGGACGAAAUCGUAUGGUAACUGAACUUAAAAAUAAUUAUUGCAAUAUAACUAAUGAAACAAUUAUGGUAUUUUUAAAAUUGUGUGCUGAAUGUCAUAAAAAAGCUGCAUGUUCAAAAAUAGGAUUAACACCUAAACCAAUUUUACAGCCUACUUUCAAUUCUCGAGGACAAGUAGAUCUAAUUGACAUGCAGACUCGACGUCAUAAUGAUUAUAGAUUUAUAAUGAACUAUCAGGAACAUUUGACUAAAUAUAUAGUCUUGAAGCCACUGAAAUCAAAAUGUGUUGAAGAAAUUGCAUAUAAUUUAAUUGAUAUCUAUACUUUAUUUGGGGCACCUUCGAUAUUACAGUCAUGUAGUGGAAAAAAAUUUGUAACUUCAGUAAUUAACAAACUUCAUGUCAUAUGGGAUGAAGUAAAAAUUGAUUAUGGAUGGCCAAAGCACAGCGAAAGUCAGGAAUCUGUCGAACGAACUAAUAGGGAUGUACAAGAAAUGUUAUCUGCUUGGAUGAGCAAAAAAAAUAGUUCGGAUUGGCCAUCAGCAUUAAAAUUUAUUCAGUUUAAAAAAAAUCGAACUUUUCACCCAGGUAUAGGCACAUCCCCCUAUGAAGCAAUGUUUGGAUGUACUGCCAGAAUAAGUUUGGCGACAUCUAAUCUUCCAAAUGCUGAAAUGCCUGAAAUAACCGAAAUAAAAACAAAAGAAGAUUUAUGAAAUAUUACUCAUGUUCUAAUAAUGAAGACGACGACAAAGGAAAAAAAUUGCCAAAAGAAAUUGCAGCUUAUUAUCAGGAAGACAGGAAAUAGCUGUUUGUAAAAGAAAAACCUUUGAACUCCCGAUGAAGUGAUUAAAAAUUAGUAAAUGAAAAAAAGGUAACUUCAAGAAUAGCAGCUAUUAAUAGUUGUGUAAUGGGUUUUCCAGAGAUACCAGAGCAACCAUUGCAAGAUUGGUUGUUAACCAUAACAUUCUGCCUGCAACAAGACACUUAACUUAAGAUGCAUUAUGUAAAAAUAAUUAAUAAUGUAUGAUUUUAUACGAAUUGUAUUUAAAUAAAAAGGCAUCUAAAAUA